ACUCCUGUGACCUUUGGUACACAGGACAGCGCUGAGGCAACAGAAAUAAACAGAAGAGCUGAGCUGUUCCUCCACAUGUUUGUAACCUGAUCUGGAAUACCAAAAACACGUCUGCGAUUCAAUUCACUUACAUUUUCCUCCAUGGAUUAUUUUGCUAAAACCUACUACGUUUAAAGGCCAAAGGUAGUACGAUGUUCUCCUUUGUUAGAUCGCUCAUUCCCACUUCCUACUUCCUGCCGGCUUGGUUGACUCUUGAUAUAAAUCCACUGGAUAGUUUGCUUCAAGGACUGGUAGGUGCAUGUGGGAUCUCUCUGCUAUGCUCCCUCAUAAGACUGCACUUAUUUCUAGAAAAAGAGAGUAGCUGUGAUAACAAUGAAAAAGAAACUAUCAAGAGGACACAGAGCCAUCAAAGCAAAACUAAACCUGGACUUUUUGGGAUGCUCCACUUCCUGUUUGUGACUGUGAUGCUGUCUGUGGUGGGGUCUCGUGUUGCCUCCCUGGUGGUACUGGAGUUUUGUCUUCGAGCUGUGUCUGGACUGGUUACAGCGGGAAAGGAGUACAGUAAAUUCGUGCAGCAGCUGUUAAUGCAGAGCCAGUUCUCUCUCGGCUGUGCCCUGACAUGCAGUCUUCACUUUCUCCACGAGGGGGCGCCGCAGCGCUGGCUGUGCCUGCUGCUGGCGGCUGCUCUCAGCUGGUUUCUGUCCCGGCAGACCACCCGGCUGCUGCAGCACGUCACGGCUAUGUAUAAACUGCACAGCUCACAGCGCUACUGCGGCAUCUGCAUCGGCCUGCUCACAUCCGGCCGCUGUGUGCUGCCCAUGCUGUGCAGGGCCAUGAUCAUCACCUUCUCUGUGGCUGUGGUGGCCGCCAUAUUAAUCAUCAAUCAACACUUCCUGUCUGCAACUGAGGCCCUCAGGUUCUGGACCCCCCUCACUAUCUGCUACACACUGCUGGUUGUGUACAUGCAGGAGGAGCAGCACCGGCUGCCCGGCAGCCAGGCUGUCCUGAACACGGUGGUGGUGCGUCUCGGGGGUUUGAUGGUCCUGAUGCUGACUGUUGGACGUUGGGCUGAUGUUCUCCACAUCAUAAUGUGUUUCCUGGGUGAGGCUGGCUGUCUAAUCCCCACCAUGGAUCUGCUGGAUGCCACAUCCUCGCAGGAGGAAGAGGAUUACACAGAAUACGUCAAAAGAGAGCAUCACCGAAGACCAAAGGCCCAAGAGAAAGAACAUCAGAGAUAGGGAUUUCAUUUUUUUGUUGACUUCUUUUAAAUUAAGUACUAUUAUUGCUGCAUCCUCAAUUCAUUAUUUUGUAUUUAGAUGUAAUGUUUUUUCAUUAAAAAGUCCAAGAAACAUAUUAGUUCAAUUUGUUAAAAAAAAAGCCCUUAUAUGUAAAAUAUUAAAAAUACCAACAGUAUAAUCUUACGAACAUAACUUUCUUAUCAUGCAUAUCUUCCACCUAUGCUGUCUGCUGUUCUCUUAUAAAUGUGAUUUCCUUUAUGACUCAUAGAUCAUCAAACUUGCCUCAGUUGACAAACCUGCAGUUAUGGAUGAUUUCAUAGGAGUCUUUGUGACGUCUUUGAUUAAUUAAUGCUGCAAUCUUGGAGAGAUGCUGCUCAUACUCCUGGGGAGAGUCAUUGUUCCAAAUCUUUCUGUAGCCUGGGGCCGUUGUAAACCUUUCCACAGCCUACUGAUAAAUAUAUGGCCAAAUAAGACAGUUUUACUUUAUGUUAUAUUAAAAUAAUAAGCUAAGAAAACUA